CGGUCGUCACAAAACGUGCGUGUAACGACAUGGGUCUGAAUAAAUGUGCUGGCAUGCGGCAGGACGCGUCGCCCGUAACAUUCGCGAUACGCCGGUCGGUGUUAAACUAUUUAAAUUGAAAAAAUUACAUGUCAACAAAUAUAAAUCGAAAAAAUAAAUUGGAUAUAUAAAUUAAUAAAAUAAUAUGACAAUAAAUAUCAAUUGAAAAAAUAAACAUUUCGACGCGAAAGUUAUUUAAAUGAAAAAAGUGAUAUGUUCAGAAAUAUCAGUUGAAAAAAUAAGCGUUUAAAAAUCAUUCAUCACAAUUUUUAUUUUAUUAAUAAAAAUUAGUGUAAAAAAUUUUAGUGACUGAAAACACUUGUAAAAGCUUGAGGACUUUUGAUACAUAACUUAAAAGUGAUAUUUAGUAUUAAUAAAUUCGUUAUAAUAGACAGAGUUUCGACGACUUUUUCUUAUUUACAAAUAAAUAAAAAAUUGUAUACUUAAUAAGCUUCAAUUUAAAAAAAAAGUAUUAAAAAAAUGUGCUAGUUCCUUUACGCUACAAUAACAAUUUGUGGUUUUUAAUAAAUAAGUGACAGAAAUCAGUUUAAUUUUAAAUAAGUGUAAAAUAAUAUUAUAAAAUGGGGUUUUUACUUAUGCGUUUAUUUUUAAUUUUGUGCUUGGGUUUAGUGACAUGUGAACGUACACGUGUUUUGAAAAAAGAAGCAUAUGCCACAGUGCCAGAACUAAUAGCCACAGCCGGCUACCCCAUCGAGAAGCACCGAGUCACCACAGAAGAUGGCUACAUCAUCCAAAUGCACAGGAUACCAGCAGGAAGGCGGAUAGCCAGGAAAGCAGGCUUCAGCGCUAAAGGAAAGAAGGCUGUAUUGAUUGUCCAUGGACUCCUGGGUAGCAGCGGUGAUUUUGUUAUCAUGGGCCCUGAGAGAAGUUUAGCAUAUCUCCUAGCUGACGAAGGCUAUGAUGUGUGGCUUGGAAACCUACGAGGUAAUAUUUACACCUCCCAUGUCAAUUAUACAAAGAGGAACCCAAAGUUUUGGAACUUCAGUUUCCACGAGCACGGUAAAUACGACGUACCAGCGAUGGUCGACAAGAUCCUGAACGUGACCAGUGUGCCCAAAGUGAUGUACGUGGGCUACUCCAUGGGCACCACCAGCUUCUUCGUGAUGAUGUCGGAGAGGCCGGAGUACAACGACAAGAUCAUCAGCUUCGUGGCUCUGGCGCCGGCUGUGUAUCUGUCCAAUAUCAAACCCCUUGCCGUGACUGCGUUGAAGACUUUGGAAUUACCAGAAAGAAUGCGCGCUCAAGGCAUGCUCUCAGUGAGUCUAAGUCGUGAUAUCUUGGACUUAUUGAUUGGAUCUAUGUGCUUCCGUGGCAAGCCGGAGGACGAUAUAUGUAUGAGGAUCGUUUAUAUGAUCGUUGGCGAAGACAACGAACAAUAUGAUAAGGAUAUAACAGCUGUGCUAUUAGCCAGAGCCCAGCCAGCGUCGUGGCGCCAUUUGGAACAUUUUGGAAAAAUUGCCAUUUCAGGAGUAUUCACAUCCUGGGAGGAUGGCUUAUGGGGCAGAGUGAAACCAUAUAACAUCACCAAUGUCAAGGUACCAGUUACCUUGCUCUAUGGGGGCAAUGAUCAGCUUACUGAGAAAAAUCAAAUAAUGCGUUUAGCGGACGAACUCUCCGCAACAGGGAUGCUGGAGGGGGUGCGUCCGGCGUGCGAGUGGCCCAAGUUCAACCACCUCGACUUUGCGUUCGCCAGAGACGUCGGCACUCUGCUCAACAGGCCCCUAGUGGUCUAUAUAAACACUUUGUUCAAUAAAUACGGACCUAAAUGA